GUCCGAGACAGCCCCUCCGACACGGUGGUUCAAGCUCGUGGCAUUUGGACUCAGGCCGGGGUGGCACAGGCUCUACUUCUGCUCACCAACAUCCGUUCAUCUGGCCCGCGCGCGUGCUCGAUAUGAUUCCCCUCCACGCAGCUGUCGUUCUCGCGCACCUCUUCGGUAUCGUGCAGGGUGACUGUGAGGACACCGACAACGGAGCUACAGACCUGAUGGGUCAGAGUUGCCUAUUUUAUACUACGUAUCCCUAUAGGUGUUCUGAUUAUUAUUUUUAUUACUAUGACGAUUGGGACUUCCAAUCCCGUGAUAUGUGCUGUGCAUGCGGGGGCGGAAGCGGCAGCGGAGGCUGUGUGGACACCGACUACGGAGCUACAGACAUGAUGGGCCGGAGUUGCGAUAGUUAUACUACAUAUGCCUAUAGGUGUUCUUUUUAUCAUUACUAUGACGAUUGGGACUUCCAAUCCCGUGAUAUGUGCUGUGCAUGCGGGGCGGAGGCGGCAGCGGAGGCUGUGUGGACACCGACUACGGAGCUGCAAAUCAAUAUAAUAUGGAUUGCGGCCCAUACAAUACCUACGGAGCUAAUAAUGGCUGGUGCGCGUCGUGUCGGUAUGACGAUUAUGACUUCUCAAGCUCCGAUAUGUGUUGUGGAUGCGGUGGCGGGGCGCUGGCGCCGCCGCCGCCGACGCCAGCACCCACGUCGCCACCGCUGCCGACGCCAGCACCUACGCCGCCGCCCCCGACGCCUGCACCUACGCCGCCGCCGCCCACAACAAGCACCCAAAUCUCCACCACUGCCACCCAGACAGCCACAAGUUCCGAGACUGCCACCCAGAUUGCCACACAGACAACCACCGAGACGGGCACGAGUUCCGCCUCGCCCAGCAGCAGCACCACCAAGACGACGGCCACGACGACCACCGAGACAGGCACGAGCUUCUCCACGUCAAGCUCCACAGCCACCACCGAAAUGGUACUAACCGCAACGACUGCAUUGGUGAGGUCAGUACUGGCAGGAUCACAGGAGUUGGUGGUGGAGUCUGAGGAGGGCUUUUCUGUAGGGGAUGCCAUCAUGAUUACUGGUGGCGGCAAUUCGGAGACACGUGAUAUCACGAGUUUUGGAUCCAUGAUGCUUGGCGCACCAUUGGACUACGGAUACCCAGCGGGCUCCAGGAUCACCAAUUUGGGUGGUAGUUUUUCGAGCAAUUCGCCAUCGGCGGAGGAGCCGCAAGAUUCCGAGGCAUCGCUUGCAGUGUUCGUUGCUGUCGUGAUCGUCCUCCUGGCCUGCGUCGCGCUGGGCUUGGGCUGUCUGAUGAGGCGCGGAUGUCCCGGCUGUGGCAGGGGCCCAGCGCGCGACUCGCAGAUUGAGAUCAGCGUGUGGGAGUUGGACGCGGAGAUUAGUGAGCACCAGGCGGACCAGAAAACUGAGUUGUUGGAGACCAUGGAUUUCUGGUUUUUGCCAGUCGAAGCACUCACAAACAUGCCGCGCAACAUCCCCAUCUUCCGCCAUCAAAGUGUUGAGGGACCUUGGUCUGUUGGUGAAGCGGACCAUGACCCUGGAGGAUGUGCUUGCUGGGCGGUUUGUUGCAGACACGGCAGCAGUGUCCCACCGCUGGCCAGAGCCAGAACACCCCGAUCCGGACGGCAGCAAAUUGUGUGAGUUGCAAGACAUUUUAGCCAAGAUCCCCUCGAUCAAGUUUGUAUGGAUGGAUUGGGUAUGUGCACCUCAAUGGCACGGCGGCGGGCGCACCGAGGAGGAGGAGGAGGAGGAGGAGGAGGAGGAGGAGGAGUUCAGGCUGAUCUUGGAGAACAUUUUGCCAUUCAUCUUUCUCGGGUGCACGGUCAUUGUGCUGUACGAUCGUGUCUAUAAUCAACGGUUUUGGCCAAACGUGGAGUGCUGGAUCGCCACCAAGAUGGCAUCGGAGGACGGGUUAGUGCCAGCUACCGAGGAUAGGCUCCGAGUGAAAGUCCAUGGCGUAGACUCAGCAACGAGUUUGAGUUGCACCCGCUGGGUUUUUGACAGUUGGCACCAUGUUAAUGCGCAGAAGGCUAUCCACAUCUUGUCCCAAAAGGACAUCUUGGUCACAAACGCCAAGGACAAGGAUAUCAACUCGAAGGUAGUCAGCUCUCUGGACCGCACGAUCUACAACCGUCUCACGUUGCCCAUCUAAGUAGUUGGUAUAUAUUGCGCUUGUGCGGUAGUUCGGAGGUUGGGGGGGGGUGAGAUCGCCGAGGAGGACGGGCUGAUAUGGGAUUGGAGAUUACGACAACUUGGGAGAGCUGCCAGACCGCAUCCGUAGACAGCUGACCUGUGGCCUCGCUAUCUUGAUAUUUUUCAAUCGUGUCUUGACGUGUGCAGAAGCUGUGCCGGACGAAUGACGCUAGAAGGAGAGGAAGUGGAGGAGGAGCUGGGUUUCGGGCCAGAAUCAGCAAGUAUGGUUCGUCAGUUGCUUGUGAGGCGCGAUCAUAUUUGAGACUCUCUGUCGCGCACGCUUUCUCUAGUUGCCACCCUGCUGGUGGGCAGUGCAACUUGUUCACGGCUUGAAUAGCCAGCCAGACGGGAUUCCCUCCUCAACUUUUUCUUUUAUUUGUCACGGGUUGAAUCGCAAGUUCGGCAUCCUGGCUCGGUGACGGGAUGGGCUGAAGGUCGUUGUGGAUAUAGCGAUUUCUCUAGUGUGUAAUGUUCUUUAGUACCUUUCCCGUUGAUCUGCAAAUGCGGAGGCUCUAUUCGUGCUCUGCUUUGUCACGCCUCUCUCGGUUGGCCGGACUCUCCAGAGCGCUCGGGCCCGACGCCAUCCUCACAGCUGACUCUCUAGAGUAGUCGUUAUUGGUAUGGCUUGUUUCGCAGCGGCGCGGGCUCAAUGAGCCGACAGUCGUCAUUGCUGCAGGUACGACGCAGGCCUCUCGUUGCACACUCAGCAGCCGCUCAGGUGCACAGCAGCGUUUCCCCCCCC